AUGUGUGCCUGCCGUGUUAUGCCGCGUCCGUCCCUCCGGCGGUACUUUCAAAGGCCUCUUUCUUCGUCUACUCCAGCAUGCCUUUUUCUCGUGCGUCCUGCCCUUGUGCCCUGCCCUUUCCCUGCCUUGUGUCCUGCCCUUGUGUCCUGCCCUUGUGCCCUGCCCUGUGUCCUGCCCCCUGCCCUUGUGUCCUGUCCUUGUGCCUGCCCUUGUGUCUGCCUUGCCCUUUGUGCCCUGCCUUGUGUCCUGCCCUUGCCCUGUGCCCUUGUGUUCUGCCCUUGUGUCCUGCCCUUGUGCCCUGCCCUUGUGCCCUUGUGCCUGCCCUGUGCCCUGCCUGUGUCUGCCCUUGUGUCCUGCCCUUGUGCCCUGCCCUUGUGUCCUGCCCUUGUGCCCUGCCCUUGUGCCCUGCCCUUGUGUCCUGCCCUUGUGCCCUGCCCUUGUGUCCUGCCCUUGUAUCCUGCCCUUGUGUCCUGCCCUUGUUAUUGA